GCGAGACUUGGUGUCUCCAAAAAUUUCGGGAGGUCCAAAGAGCGACAUGCGAUGGGGAGGACCGGCCGACGCUCGGAGGCGCGCGGGUCAAGCUGCACCAGCGAGCAGUGAAUGAAUUUGAACGUGAUGCUCCUCUCCUCUGCGGCAGUGAGGGGGUCCUACACAUGGAUGAACUGGGGGAGGAGAGAGCACAGUGAGGCUGUCAUGUAAGCCGUCUCCUCUGGGGCCACCUCUCGGUGCGCACUGCUUCCUGCCUUAGGUAGAAGCAUCAGAGUUUCUGCUGCUGAGGCGUCAGACUGCUCACGCUCCUCUCCUCUCCCUCCCCGUUGAGAAGGCAACGGCUCUACUCUCAAAGCACUGAAAUGGAGAAGAUCUGCUCAGAGUGCUCGGAGUCAACACUUGCACAGAGUCUGUGCACACUUUGCAACAAGUGGCUGUGUUACCAGUGCACAGAUGUGCACCAGCACCAGAGAGCCCCUGCCACUAACCAGUGCACAGACUUGCACCAGCACCAGAGGCCCAGUGCCACCCAGUGUCCUGAGCAGCACCAGAGAGGCUCCAGUUCCAUGCCACCAACUGGACAAGGCCCGGGGUCGUAUCCUUGCUCCCUCCUAAUGUGCCACUCUCACAGACAGGAGCCCUUGGAGCUGUUUUGUGAGUCAUGUGACCUUCUGUGCUGUAGCAGCUGUCACCUGUCCUCCCACAAAAACCACAGGGUGGUGCAGACCGUGAAGGCCCUGCAGGAUCAGCAAUGGCUGUUUGAGAGCCUGAUGGUGCAGCUGGAAGAGAGGAGGUCUGCAGUGGAGAACAAUGCUAAACAGAUAGAGGGCAGGCUUCUUGGAGUAAAAAUUGCGCACAGGAAGGCAGAGAACCAGAUUAAAAUGGCAAAGAUGAUUAUGAUGAACGAGCUUAACAAACGAGCCAACCUAUUAAUAGAGCAACUGGAGAAAAUCUCAGAGGACUUCCAGCAGCGUCUGGACGACCAGCUGCAGGGGGCGAUAGAGAUGUGCGGCCAGCUGGACCACGUUCAGAAGUUCAUCACCUGGGCUACGACCCACCACUGCAGAGGCCCGGUGAUCUUCAGCAGGGCUCUGAUUUCACUCCAGAUGCAGCAACUGCUGGAGCCGUCACUUCAUUCAGACUCUUGGAGUCAGGUCAAGAUCAAAUUCAAUUGGGAUGCUAGUUACUGGAUGAAGCAGGUUUCCUCUUUAGGUCAGCUGACUGUUGAAGGGGGAAACUGCACUUAUCCUCAGGGUUUGGCCUGCUCCAAUAUUAUGAGGCCUCAGCCAAUCACCUGCUUGGCUCUACCAUCUGUGUUCCACCGGCGAGAGCCAGGCUGUGGGUACCAGGCCUGCUGUGAGCCCCAGAUGUGUUGCCUGCAUGGCAUUCCAUCUCAGCCAGAUCUUUCCAGUCUGGACAAAAGCCAGGUGGAAGCCACACUUUACAACUCCAGCUGUGUUCAGCCUGCGCUUAUUCCUGCUCCCCUACACAAGAGCCAACAGCUCCAGAGGUGCUGGGACAAAGAGAGCUCCACACACCGUCCUCCCCCUGCAUCAGAUGUCCCAUUCAUAGGACCCAUCCAGCUCAACUGCAGUCAAGGAUCUACAUCCCAGCCGCAAGCUGCUGAGUCCCAACCCCACUCGCAGUCCAAAUCUUAUCUCUCCAAUCACCAACACCAGCGAGAGAUUCUUCCAGACAGCCAGACUCUGCUAAGUGCAGACUGCGGCCGGCUCGGUCAGUGUCAGGGGAAACUGUCACUUAGCACAGCUCUGCAGCAGGAGCUCAGCCACACAGCUGUGGACAGAGAUGUGAUGACUGAAGAGAGCUGGGAGGAGAGUAGCAGAGCGGAGGAGACUUGUGGGCAAACGGCAGUGGUUGAAAGCAGAGAGCUGCUUGAGGAGGGGCUGCAACAGGACAGAGGUGAGCAAAGUCCUGUUCAGCAGCAGCAGCAGCAGCAGCAGCAGCAGCAGCAGCAGCACUGUGUUGCUCUUGGAGCAGAGUGGGGAAAAGAGCAGCAGAGGACCAGAGCUGCACUGAUGCACCGCGACUACAAGGAUGGCAGGAGAUCUACAUCCCCGGAGGUGCCAGUGACAUCCCACGACUGUGCAUCUGACGUGCAGAGCAGCAGGCUCAGCCUUAGCUCAGCGUGCACGAGGAGGAACAGACGCUCCCAGAGCAUCCCGGCAGAACUGGCAGCCCCAUCCACCAGCCCUCACACAGAAAGGCCCACAGGAUACAGUUACAGCCAAGAGGCAAGAGCUGCGAAUAAGUAUGUCAGUAUGGAUCCCAGACAGAGGAGGGCGUCAGAUGGCGUGCUUUAUGUUGUCAAGGAGACUUCGUCUGACACGGCUCCGCCCAGAAUCCACCGCUCUCCUCUGUCCUAUAAGACAGAGCCAGAUAAUUGCUUUGCUUAUGUAAAUGAGGAGUUUAAUUGUGAGGACAAGGAGAAGUGCAGGAUGUCAAGAAACGGCCACAACGGAAACAGAGAUGUUCAGAGGGAUUCGGGAAGGCCCAGGGUUCCAGUGGUUUGCUUGGAGCGUCUCAAAAUUCUUGUCUCUCAACUCCCCCCACACGGACGGCGGCAGAGCGACCCUUUACCUGCCGGCACGAUGGAGAAGAGUGAAACUGUCCCACAGCAGAGAACCUGGCAUGAUGCAAAGCCUCAAAGGAUAGGUGGAGGCUCUGAGACCAGGAGGAACACCCACUCACUCACGGCACCUCUGUUUGCUGCAGAGCGACAGACUCGUAAUCAGUCCAUCGCACUGUCGACCAACCGUGAGUUUGACAUCCGCGGCAGAUUCAGCUCUCGUAAAGCAUCCACACUACCCCCCACAGACCCUAAAUAUGUGCCACAGGGUUACUAUGCACUGGAUCUGGACUCUGACUCAAAUCCCGGGUCAUUCUCAGAGGACGCGGCUGUCUCGCGGGCUGAUCCAGACCCACAGGUAGACUCGGAUACAUCACCAGUUUCUGACCCAAACGAAGAGUCUUCUUCUGAGGCGGAUCUUGAUUGUCUGACCGAGGAGAAAUCAGUGGCUGCGGGUGAGAUGGGGCUCUGCAGUGAAAUUGAUAUUGCCGGGGAUUCAGAGCCAAGUCUUGAAUAUGAGGAAGACCCAGAAUCAGAUGUAGGAGUGGGAUCAGAGGAUGGCCAAGGGCUGGACGCUGAUGCAGAAUCAGGCAACGCUGAGUCUGACAUUCAGCUUGAGUAUGAUCCCAGUUUUCAGGCUGAGACUGAUUCUAACGUUGUGUCCGAUCAGCCUCCAGACUCUCAGGGCUCUCUGGAGUCUGAGCUCGAUGUCGAAUCUGAACCUGAAUGCACAACUGACGACCCACAGCCGCUUCGCUCUGACCUGGAAGAGGAGUCCCCCGUCGGACCUGGGCAGAGGUCGCUUCUGAUUGCAAACCCCGCCCCUCUCAGGGGGCCGGAGGACAUCCAGCCUGAGCAGGACAAUGCAGAGAUGGAGAGUGAGGACUUCUGUGCUGUGUGUCUGAUUGGAGGAGACCUGCUGUGCUGUGACCGCUGUCCAAAAGUCUUUCAUCUGUCUUGCCAUGUCCCAUCUCUGCUAAGCUUUCCCUCCGGUGACUGGGUGUGCAGCCUGUGCAGAGAUGUUGUGCAGCCAGAGGUUGAAUACGACUGUGAGAAUGAGAGAACAUCUGGAGAACACCAAUUGGCACACGGACUGUCUGGAUGCGACCAGAGAAAAUGUGAGCGGCUGACUCUCCUGAUCCUCAGUAACAUCCUGGGUGCUCCCUUCCAUGAGCCCGUCAGUCCACUCGCUCGUCAUUAUUACCAGAUCAUCAAGAGGCCAAUGGACCUGUCUGUAAUCAGAGCCAGACUGCAGAAGAGAAAUGCUCGACAUUAUAACUCACCAGAUCAGUUUGUUGCUGAUUUCUAUCUCAUGUUCCGCAACUGUGCAAAGUUCAACUAUCCGGACUCUGAGGUGGCCCAAGCCGGCCGCAGCCUUGUGGCAUUCUUCACCACCAAGCUGAAAGAAGUUUUCCAAGACAGAGUUUUCCCUGUGGCCGAGGCGGACUCUGACAGCGACGAGUACGAUGAGGCCUACAGAACCGCGGAGAGUGGCUUCCUCUGGCCAGAGAGGAGGGACUGCCACAGGAAGAGGAAAAGGAGACACUCUCUCAAGUCAAGGAGACAACACUUCUGAGUACACGAUUCAUGCUGUAUUUGUAUUUAAUUAUCCUGUUAUUUUUAUUGAGCAGAAAUGGAGCUGAAAUGGAUUUCCAUUUUGGGUUUUGCAGUAAAAUCUCGGUGCUGCCAUCCGAUGGCUGCCAAACAUAUUGAAACAAUACUUCAAAUAUUUGAGCUGUUAUUAUUAUUCUUGUAGAUUUCAGCUCAUCAGAAUUUCAGAGAAAAAAGUAUAUUAAAAAAGUUUAGAUUUCUUCAUGCUGCUCAUUGGACACCAUGUCACUUUUGUUUGUUGAGCUGCUUCUGCUUGAAACAAGUUAAAGUAUAGUACUGAGGUGAUGCUGUCAUUGUUCCUGUAUCUUAUCAUAUUAUGGACAUUGGUGAUUUGCCUCUGAUGCACCGGAAAUUACUUAUUGUAUUUACAAUCAGACCUCCUACAAUCACACACAUACCUACAUUACCAUGUAGGUAUGUGAGCAUCCACAUUGUACAAAGAGGAUGCUCUAGAUGGAUGUUCAUUAAUCUCACGUUGCAUCUUUAUUAAGUGGUAUUUUUUCGAGCACUUUGAAACUUUGAUAGUAAAUUCUGUAUGUAUUUCGUAAAUGUUGAACAUAUUUAUACAUGUGAAACUGUACAGAACUUUAUUUUACUAUAUUUUUGAUUUUAAUUAUUCAAUGAUUGCAGGCAAUUAUCAUAGAUUUGAUAUAAUUAUAUAUGAUUAUUGAUAUAAUGAUGUGUCUCAGUAGCUAUUAUUAUUUAAAGCAGCAUUGAAUCCUAUUGUCAUUGUCUUUUUGUCAAGAGUGAUACAGAAUGUGAGUGAGAGCUAUAACUGUUUGGAGCUCAACGGGGCAUCUAUAUGUUUGAGGAUUUACUGUAAUAUCUAGAUUAAAUCCAUCAAAAGUUUUGCAUUAAGUCAUAAAUUAAGUUUGUGUACAAAUUAUGUAACUCCCCUGUUAUCUUAAUAUCUCAGGCUGAAUAAGAGUGCAAAGUAUUGAUAUCAUUCAGUAUGGAUUAUUUUAGAAUAAUUGCUUUGUAGAGCCACACUGUUGAGAGGAAAUAUGUGAUUUUAUAAUACACACUGUUGCAGCACAUUUCCUGUUUUUAAACAUACUUUACUCACUUGCUUCCUGCUGUUUAAGGUAGACAGUAGACUUAACUUGACUUUUACAGUAAUUAAUGCACAAGUGUAUCUUCUUUGAUCAUCCCCAAGACUAGUAACUAUAAAUAUACCUGUAUGUAAUGUUAUUUCCUUUGAAAUCAAUAGAUGUGAUAAUAUCUCCUAUUGUAUGAGGGAAGACUAUAGUAACUGUACAUGUUUCAUGAGAGCAAUCUGGUUAUUUCUUUGUUCUUUUUUUUUACUGUUAACAAUCAACAGUAAGUGCUCAUAUUAAUAUCAAUAAAAUGCAUUCAAGAGAAAAUUA